AAAAUUAAAUCUAUCAAUUAAAAUCCUUUUAAACAAAAAUCCCCAAUAAACGCACACACGCACCGAAGAAUUCUCCAUGCAUGAAAAACUAUCUUUCACUACUUCCACACAGAUGUCGCCUGCAUCCUAACGCAACUGAACGGCGAGUAAUCGCUACAUAGGUAGAGGCAACCAAUUUCAAAUAAAAACUCCGAUUAUAUUAUGAAAAUAACUAUAAUAUGGCUUAAUAAUGAAAAACUUAUGGGGGCGCUAUAUUGCAAAUGAGCCCGCAUUUGUACAACUUUCUACCUUAGCUUUCAUACGAAUUUAGUUUACUUUAAAUCCAGCAAACAUGAAAAAUGUUAGUUGGGUUUUGCUUAAUAUCCUAGUUAUUUCGGCUGCUCUAAACAUCACGGAAGAACAAAUGCCCAAUCGCAAACCGAAAUUCUAUGGACCUCUAAUUGGUGCCUUUUUGGCCAACUUACUGGCCAUACCCAUUACAGCAAAGAUUCUACCACAGGGCACACCAGUGAGGCUUACUUACGAUCCACAUCAGAGCUUUUGGAAUCCACACAGUACUUUGGCGAACAGCUAUGGGGCACCAAACUACUAUCCUACUUUAACAACUGGAUCACCACAGAUACAUCAUCAUCAUCACCAUGGAAGUAAACCUGGCACAAGUCAGCAGCAAAUAGUUACCAUACAUAAACACCCCGAUGAUGUUGUGAUUGAUGAAACUUAUCCUGAUGUAUCCGAUUCACCUCAAUCCACUAUAAUCCCAACUGUUUUGUCACACAUAGAAGAAAUACCGAAUUUUACCCACAACCCAAGCGAGUUAUUAGAACCACUACCAGCUGAGUCAACGAUCAAUGAACGAAGAGUUAAGGCACCAAAGGAAUUAAGACGAAGAACAACAACUCAAAGGCCAAAGCAGAAGAGAGGCACCCAGAGAUAUUAUCAGGGAAAAAAGAAGCACAAUAAUAAUAAUAAUAAAAGAAGAAAGUACACAACCACGGAAAAUUACUACGACAGUUACGAAGAAUACACAACAAAAAAACCUAGAAGGAAAUCGCAUGCUAAACGACCAGCAGCUUCUUUAUCCUAUGAAGACAGUGAUAGUGACAGUGAAUACGAUGACUACCAAUACGAAGAAUCCUAUGAGUACACCACCAGAAGACCUUACAAGAAAAGAAGGCGCACCACUACAAGAAGAACAAGAUACCACAACAAAAAUAAAAAGAGGCAAGAUUCAUAUGAUUAUGAUAACGAAUAUAAUUACAACUAUAGGGAACCUUUUGAUACUAUCAAUGUGAGACCAAGGCAAGAAACCACCACUGAAACGUCCACUACCACUACAACUGAUGCUAGUACUACGCAAGCUACCACCAUUACAAACGGUACUACAAGUGCUCCUAAUGGUACUACAAAUGCUACCGGAUAUGGAUACGGUCCUUCAAAUGGCAAUGAGAAUAUCAGUAUAACUUACGGCCCCCCUACCGGUGGUAAUAAUGGGGCUUAUGGGCCUCCACGGCCAUCGUAUGGCCCGCCUCGUUACCCUGGUCCACAAUAUGUGGCCCAAUACAGCGAUUGGUACGAGAGUGAACCAACGAGGAACUCUGUGGUGCAAAAUGUCCACGAUCUUAUUGGUUUGGACAAUAUUUUCCAAGGAUAAUUUUGAUUAAUACUUAAGGUAUGCUUUUUAUAGGUUAGGUUGUGG